AUGAAUUCUAACUCAUUUAUAGCUAAGGGUGGGGGAGAUCAGCCACUGGCGUAUAAUAGUACAAUUGAUGAAUCAACACUAAAUGAAGUCCCCUCAGAGAAUAGUGAAUUAACACCAAAAUUAUCGGAAGAGUUAAACGACUGUUAUGACCAUAGAAAUGCACAUUCAGAAAGUUUCAGCAACGAUGAUUCUCCAAAGAAAAAGAGGAAGAAAAGGUCACUUUUGGAUGAUGAUUUCUUCUCAUUAGCAGGAUCAUUUGAGAAGAGAAAGAAGAAACACAAACACAAGCAUAAACAUAAACAAAAAGAAAAAGAAAAAGAACAAGGUGUGCAAGAUCAACAAAUUCAAAAUUACGAGGUGAUAGAAGAUCUGACGCCACAACUGACAACGGUGUUGACGGAGAAGGGGUUUUUUAAUGAAUUAGCUUCUUCUCAAUCAGAUAUACCGAGAAAGAAAGGAAAGACAGUUCAACCAGAGAAGUCUCAGCUGCGUUCAGUAUCCAUCACCCCACCAUUGGUAGAUAAAAACAAGAUAAGGAAUGAGGUAAUGAAUAGACUAAAUAAGGAACAUAUGAGUAGCAACAUUCCAGACAUAGAGGACUCGGAAGAAGAAAGUGAUCAUGAAUUAGAAGAAUUGUUGAAAUUGAAAUCUCAAAUGCCAAAGUCACAAACUGAGUCUUCCCCAGAGAUUUAUACAUUUGAUGAUGAAAGUGAAAAGAAAAGAAAAUAUAUUGUACGAGUAACAUCCAAGCUACCUGCGGUUCAAAACCAAAUUUUGGAGGUAGACUUUGGAACCAAAGGAUUGAAAACAUUCGAAAAGAUACUAAAGGCAGCAGUUGAUUAUUUCAGAUCAGCUUUGGCACUGGUAUUGACACCGCCUCAAUUAUUGAGAUAUAGGCCAGAAGCCGCCAGUUUGGUAUGGGUUGAAGGUAGGAAAUUGGUCCAUCCUUUUUUCACGCCGAAAACUUUACGUGUACCACCGCCAGCAGAAUUUAAUCCAUUAUUUGAAAAAAUUGAAAACAUGAAACCUACUAUUAUUAAAUUUUUCUUGAUCCCAAAAGAGUAUGAUAGUACGUUUAUGCAUAUAUAUCCCGAGCUUCAAGCUAAUCAACCUAUUGAAGCUGCAAUUGAUCCAAUCGAAAUUUCUGAAAAUGAGUUUAAUAGCAACGAAUCUGAUGACGAUGAAGAGGAAGAGGAAGAGGAGAUUGUUGCUCAAGAGGAACAACCUACAUCGAAACCCGCUUCAUCGGAGGAGCCUGUUGGUUCUAAUUUAUUUGUUAUUGGGCUUAAAGGUAAAGAUAACAAGCGUGUUGAAGUUAAAGUUUCUCCUGAAACACAGUUAAGGAAGUUACUUUCAUAUUAUUUAAGGCAUAAGCGGUUGAGUGAAGACACUGUGGAUUUGUCUAAAGCUAAGCUUAUAUUUGAUGACGAAGAAAUGGAUUUGAAUGAUACGGUGGGGGACACAGAGUUGGAAGAAGAUUACGAAAUACAAAUUGUCCUUUGA